GGGGUGCGGCUGCGUUCGAAAUUCGAUUAGUGUGAAGUGGAGGGGGCUUUGUGACAAGCGAUAGAGAAAUGAGCUUCGCUGUUCGAGAAAACAGCAGAGCCCGGCCGAAUUCGUUGGGCAGCCUGCGGAGAUGCAGUAGAGGCCGCCAGGCGCAGAUGGAAUGAGCGACCGGGCUCUGCUCCGCCGCUAGCCUGCCGCCGCACCGCGCCGUCGAUCGCCGCGCCAUGAACGGUCCCCGCGGCUACCCCCUUUCUCCACCGGCACCUUACCCCCGUAUGGUGAGCGCCGAGAUUUGAGCUGCCGUCUCUCCUUCGCAUCGGCGUGAUCCAAUGAUAGCACCAAGAGCGCACCUUCCCCUCUCCCUGACGGCGUCGUCCUCCCCGCACGGCGGCGCGCGCACCCGCACCAAGAAGAGGAAGAAACCAUGUCCCCCAACCUGGACAGCGCCAUCAAGAGCCAGGUGCCGGCGCUGCUCCUGAGGCGUCUCUUCGGCGCGUCCCGGCGGGACGAGGCCAAGCAGCUCCAGCGGACCCCGGCGCCGGUGGGGAGGCGGCGGGUGUUUGUGCAGACGGAGACCGGCUGCGUGCUCGGCAUGGACCUGGACCGCGGGGACAACGCGCACACCGUCAAGCGCCGGCUGCAGCUCGCGCUCAACAUGCCCACCGGCGGGACCUCGCUCACCUUCGGCGAUCGCCUCCUGGAGAACGACCUGUCCUUCAUACGCCCGGACUCGCCGCUGCUGCUCACCCGGAACAGCAUCAACCGGAGCUGCUCCACCCCGUGCCUCUGCCCCGUCUCCAAGGACUUCGAGCACAAGGACUGCAGCGGACUGGUUGAGAUGCUCGGCUGUUCCAGCAGCUGUGCCCGGGUGAAGCGCCUCGUGGACGACGUGGUGACUGCCAUCAGGAGCGGCGUGGAUCCGGUCCCCAUUAGCAGCGGCCUUGGUGGCUCGUACUACUUCAGGAACGUCUUGGGCGACAGGGUUGCUAUUGUGAAGCCGACGGACGAGGAGCCCUUUGCGCCAAACAAUCCCAAGGGGUUCGUCGGGAGGGCGCUCGGUCAGCCGGGCCUCAAGAGAUCUGUGCGAGUGGGAGAGACGGGGUUUAGGGAGGUUGCGGCGUUCCUGUUGGACCAUGACAACUUCGCCAACGUUCCUGCCACGGCUCUGGUGAAGAUAACACACUCCAUUUUCAACAUAAACUGCCCGGUAAAUGGAGGAAACCUGGCACCGGCUCAUGACCAGCAACAGCAAGUUAACAGCAAGAUUGCUUCGUUCCAGCAGUUCAUAGCCCAUGACUUCGACGCCAGCGACCAUGGCACGUCAAGCUUCCCUGUCGCUGCUGUUCAUAGGAUCGGCAUACUAGAUAUCCGGAUUUUCAACACUGACAGGCACGCCGGCAAUGUGCUGGUGAGGAAGCUUAACGGUGGCACAGGCCGCUUUGGUUGCCAGACAGAGCUGUUCCCAAUUGAUCAUGGCAUGUGCUUGCCGGAGAACUUGGAGGACCCUUACUUCGAGUGGAUCCAUUGGGCUCAGGCUUCUAUUCCGUUCUCUGAGGAAGAGCUCGAGUACAUCAGAAAUCUUGAUCCAAGGAAAGAUGUGCAGAUGCUGCGCCGGGAACUUCCGAUGAUACGUGAGGCCUGCCUACAUGUACUGGCCCUGUGCACAAUCUUCCUUAAGGAGGCUGCAGCUUUCGGACUCUGCUUGGCCGAGAUAGGCGAGAUGAUGACCAGGGAGUUCAGAGGGAUGGAGGAGGAACCAAGCCAGCUGGAGGUUAUGUGUAUGGAGGCCAGGAAGAGAGUAGCAGAGUGGGAGCCCUUCUCUGCCACGGCUGAACAUGGAGAAGAUACCGAUUUCCAGUUCUCGGUGGAUAUGCUAGGAGAAUACAGUGAUGUAGUGCGAUCACCGAGGUUCAAUGGCUCAGGUUCCAAGGUGUCCAGUUUCAGAAGCCCUUUGUCUAAGCUCGUCGAGAGUGUCGACGAGGGCAGUGAUGGCCAUGAAGAUCAAAACGAGUCUGAUCGAGUCUUGUAUGCUGGAUGGAAUACAUCCAGCGUUCCUAGCAAAGCUAUGGGCCAUAGUGGCAAUGCCUCAAAAAGUGCAAUGAACAGGAGUGCCGAUGAACAACUUCCAUCAAGUAUGUGUUUUGUCAGGCUGUCGGAUAUGAGUGCAGAUGAGUGGGAUGUAUUCCUCGAAAAAUUCCAGGAGCUGCUGAAAGAGGCACUGCACGAGAGCGCAAGGGCAGCAGUAGGUCAAAGGAUGAAGCAGCGGCUGGGCACUUCAUGCAAGUUUUGAGCAGGGCAAUAGCGCAUCAGAGAAGAAAAAAAUGCAGUGCUACUUGUACUGCUUGCUUAUGGAGUGAGUACAGGAUGAAGAUAUCAUCGUAUGUGGCACCUUCAACCUUGUGCAACGAUCUAGGUUGCAGCAGCCAUGUCCAGCAGGUAGAUAGGACCACAAGCAUAUGUAGUGACGGUGUGGAGAACUGCUACGCGUGUUUAUUAGCUAUAUGUUUACGAAGGGGAAUGCUUAAUAAUAAAUGUUUGUCAGCCUGUGUAUAUUGGCUUGAUGUUAGAUACUCCAGCUUUAGCAUGCAAUUUCUUAGUCGCUGAAAAUUCUUUGUAGCUUGUGAUGUGACCUGUGAGCAGUGUAAACGUUGCACCUUUGAUGGAAAAAUAAUGCUUACCUGUUGUUGAAUA